CGACGCGUCCGGGACGAUUCUGUCUCGCUCCUCUCGAUCGUCUCUGAGGACUUUCCCGGCUCUGUCUAUCAUUUUUUUCCUUUCUCAUUUCCUCUUCUUUCUCUUUUCUUCUUUCUCGUCAACGCGCUGCACGACGUGACGAGCGAGCGUGAUUUUCAAAUUUGCCGACACGUUUCUCGCGAAUCUCGCGAUAUACGUAUUCCGAAUUUCGAGAAAAAAAAAUAUUUGGAUCGCUAGAGGCAUCGAUUCUCCAAAAACAAAAACAAAAACAAAAAAAUUUUACCCGAAGCGAAUGACGCGACUAAAUGCUCGGAGGGAAUCAGAGGCAGCAAGUGAUCGCGAGAUCGACCGGUAUCGACAGAUUCGAGAGAAGCCGCACGAAAAUACAAUAGAUUUUUCACAGUGAUACGAGUGUUAUCAAAUCGUACGAUUACAUUGAGUGAUUGAAUAAUCCCGCAGAUUAUUACAGAAUGACAUAGGUCAUAGGUGAAUGGGAGACACAGUGACACUUUGAGACUAUAACCAGGCAUUCGAGAAUGGAAUGAACGCAAGGGCGGAAUAAAUCAUCGGAAAGCCCGUGGGAUGCAUUACGCGCGUUACUUCGAGAGGGUCUCCUAAAGCAGCCAUCGUGUAGCACCAGGACCGAUCGAGCGAAAUAAUGCGAUCGAAGCGCAUCAAGAAAGCAACGCUCUUCAGAUUGCUUAGAUACAGACAGUGCGCCAGAUGCCGGAAGAUAACUUAGCGCAUCCAGUGCUAUCUAAAGCGAUAAGUCGACGAGAGUGAACAAAGAGAAUAAGGAGCACACGUACACACGUACAUACACAGACACAUAUGCAUACGAGAAUACACGAGACUGAUCGCGAUCGUAGAGACGAUCGACGAGCGUAAUUUGACUUCACUGGCUGUGAUUUUUACUCCUAGAAUCCGAUUUUCAGAGGCUCGACGCGCGAAAAUUGUUAAGACUGAUCAAGUUAGACUUCUCACGAAGAUUCUCAUGUCUCAUGCGAGACAUUGCCGUCUUAAUUUGUGACAUCACUCGAUUAGAUCGUUGUUGCUGUACUUUGUCAUCUUCCUGGAAGGACCAAGCCUCUUAUCGGGAAUCUUGGAAGCUGGUGAGAGCAGAGAAGCACUCGACCGAUCAUUUCGAUAAAAUUCAAGAAAAGACCGACAGUCGACGACUGCCCUUAAUAGAAGAGACGACGCUGUUUUCAAUUCUUGGUGCGGGAAACGUCAAUCUUUCGAGCGGAACGAACGUCGGAAGAUUCCCGUUGGAUUCGAUUUCGUCAGUGGGUGGAGAAGAAGCACCUUUCGUCGCGAGAGGGUGAAGCCGCAGAAAGAGGAAGGGUUAGGUGGGUGUAUAUGUGCUCCUGCGUAUGUAGUGGAAAACGAAAAGUGCAGUCGAAGCAGUAUAUAGCGAAGAGCUAAAGCGGUCUCCGGAGAAGAGGCUGCAGGACUGUUGAGAGAAAGAGACAUAGAGAAGAAAGGAAACACCAGACAACGAUCGAGAUACGUGUGGAAUCGACGCGACGCCGAGAUUUGCCCGCUAAGAUACAAUUCUCUCCUCUUGUAUUCCGCCGUUUCUUCUUUUAGAAGAAAAAAAAAAGAAACUAACGUAACCCAUGGAUCGGGUGACAAUGCGGAGUUCCAUGUUAGUCGGGUUGACACGGACGAUAAUAAGGCGAUUUUGUACGGUCUCUGUCGAGAAUUCACCCCUCGUGAGAACCACAUUUCCGCGCAAGAUAGCACUGAGGUAUCGUUUAUAGAAUCUCCUCUUUCAUUCGAUCGAUAAUUUAUAUAAUCGCGACGCAGAAGAGAAUCGUGUAAGGAAAAAUUCGGGGAUGGAAUAAUCAACGUUAUCGAGGAGAGAUAUCGAGGAGAAACUUCUUUGGGGUUCAUUGAAUGAAAAAAGUGCUCCUGAUAAAAAGGGAAGAGAGAGAGAGAGAGUGCGUUUGAAGAAGCAAACUUCUACUAUGAUCCACUGAUCAAAUUCACGUUGAUGAAAUUCGAGAGAUGCAAUGUGUGUCUCGCAGAUAGCAAUUCGCAAUCUGAUGGAACACGAAGACAACGACGAGUGAGCCGUAGAUAUUUGACAAACAAACUAGAUAGCAAUCCGCUUAAUUCGAUACCGUCGACGCUGUCUAAAACACCGCUCGUCGUUUAAAGGCCGCGUAACGUUAGACGUACCGUAUUCAAGGUGCAUUGCAAACGACCGAGAGAGAGAGAGAGAGAGAGAGAGAGAGAGAGAGAGGGAGGGAGUAAUGGUUAUCGAUUAUCCGAAACAACGUUCCGCGAUUGUGUUCGCGACCGCGAAACUAAAAUGCCAGAUUGUACAGUGAACAAUCAAGUGUAUCAGCGAACAUAUUUGGCAUGCGUAUUAACGAGCUCAUCCGACCAUAAUUAUGCAAAUACCGACGGAAAUUCGUACGGAAGAUUGAUCUUUAAUUAACGGUUGUGUUCAACGAAAGUCACAAAUAUAAUCUCUGUAAUCGAUAAAUAAAAAUGUGUCGAAAACACGGGAACUAGUAAUAACAAAUAACUCGGAAAAGAGAGAAAAGAACCGCGUAAUUCUGUUCUAAAAUAAUGAUUAAUCUCGCGUAAUGUAUAAAAUUGCGUAAGGUGUAAAUUGAUAGAAGAACAGUUAACCGAGAUCAAACGUAACUAGUCAAUAUAGAUUAAUACACGAAGGAAGAAAGGUUGUGUCCCCGGAUCCAAUAAGGUAAACCAGAAGCUUCUUCAAGUUCUAGUCCUGCGAUCGUCCGUGACGAUCAUACACGAAGAUACUAUAUAUAGUGUUCGGUGAAUACUGCAAAGAUUACAAAGUGCCGAUAUAUAAGUGCUCCAAUAUUGUACAUCCGGAUGGAAGAAAAUUGAUUUCAAUUUUCCUGGAUAUUAUGGCGAUUCAAGUCCCGCACGUUCCUCCUGAUUCGCAUCUCCCGUUUUCGCUGCCGAAGUACACGAAAUCCUUCAGAGUCCUUCGACAAGAUCGCAUGGACGAGGACCGCGAGAGUUAAUUAAAAUGCGAGAGCUGAACGCCACCGCAUGCGCUGCUUUGUACGACGGCGUCGAGUGGUCAAGCCUGUGGAACGUUGUUACUCUAAUCGUUUUGGCGAUCGUCAAUGUCAUGGUGGUGGUAGGUAAUGUCCUGGUCAUCCUGGCCGUCUACUGCACCAGCAAGCUGAGGAACGUCACGAAUGUGUUCAUCGUCAGCCUGGCGUUCGCCGAUCUGUUGGUCGGCGUCGCCGUUUUGCCAUUCAGCGCAACCUGGGAGGUCUUCAAGGUUUGGAUAUACGGAGAUCUCUGGUGUUCCGUGUGGCUGGCGGUCGACGUUUGGAUGUGCACGGCGUCAAUAUUGAAUUUAUGCGCCAUCAGCUUGGAUAGGUACUUGGCUGUGACCAGGCCAGUCAGUUAUCCUCAGCUUAUGUCAACGAAGCGGGCGAGGCUGCUGGUGGCCACCGUUUGGGUUUUGAGCUUCGUCAUCUGCUUCCCUCCUCUAGUGGGCUGGAAGGACAAACGGUCACAUUCUCCGAACAACAUGACGUUUGGUCAAAUAUACAGCCCGUCCAAUACCACCACUAUAUUUGUACCGGUGAAGCCGUGUCCAUGGAUCUGCGAGCUGACCAACGACGCCGGUUACGUCGUUUACAGCGCCCUAGGUUCCUUCUAUAUACCGAUGCUAGUGAUGCUGUUUUUUUAUUGGCGGAUCUACAACGCCGCCGUUUCCACGACGAGGGCCAUUAAUCAAGGUUUUCGGACAACGAAGGCCUCGAAAAUGUUUGGCAGCAGGUUCGACGAACAAAGACUGACCUUACGAAUACAUCGUGGUCGCGGUAGCGUCCACAACGGCAGUAACAACGGCAAUUCGAGAAGCCCGGACUCGAGCAGUCGUAGCUCUGUCAAGCGAGAGAAGAUCAAAAUCUCGGUCUCCUACCCCAGCACCGAAACUCUCAACACAAAGUGCAACACCCUCGAGAGAACGCCAUCGAGAUGCUCGCAAAUGUCGGUGCAUUAUAGCAACGGACAAACGCAGACGCAGCUUUGUCCGAGAAAUACGCAUCUUAAGGUCGGCGGUGUCAAUAGGAUCGGCAGCAGCAAGAAACCGAGCAGACGCGGCAGCUGCGAGAGUCAGGUAACCGGCGACGAGCUAUCGUUGCGCGAGAUGACGUCGAGCAACGAGGAGAAACCGCGGGUGAUGAAGCUGGGCAAGAGGAACAUAAAAGCACAAGUGAAGAGAUUUCGUAUGGAGACCAAGGCGGCGAAGACCUUGGGCAUCAUCGUCGGCGGUUUUAUCUUGUGCUGGCUGCCGUUCUUCACCAUGUACCUGGUGCGCGCGUUCUUCCCGAAUCACAUACAUCCGACCGUCUUUAGCGUAUUAUUUUGGCUAGGAUACUGUAAUUCCGCGAUAAACCCCUGCAUCUACGCUCUCUUCAGCAAGGAUUUCCGUUUCGCUUUCAAGAGAAUUAUCUGCUGCAAGUGCUCCUGCAUACAACGCGUCAACACCUUGCGUCGUGGCAGCGAUGGCAGUCAAUUGGCGAUGAGAAACGAACGGAGUCCGAGUUACUCGAUCCGCGGUGCUCAACACGGGAUUUCCAUCGACGAUUCGGAUCCGGAUCCGACAUCGGAGCCGACGCAUUCGCAGAGCGAGUCCAGAUGAUUAUAGCGACACGUCCGAGCUGGCAUGCAGCGCGUCACCUUUAAUUCCCGAUCCUCCAGGGCGAGGAUAUUCUGAUGAUCGGCGUGUCAACUCUCGGGCAUGUCAACGUAACACUGACUUUUCGCAAAGACUGUCGGUGGAAGUUAAAAACAUGUCCAAGUACUGUCUGUUCUAAUAUCGUGAAAUCAUUGCAGGCGAACAAUUAAGAAAUGUAAAACAAGCGGUUUAGCUUCUCUGUUGCCUUUUGUUGUUGAAAAACGCUUUUUCGCUCUUGACCAGCAUUAUGUAAUCUCACUAUGUAAUGACUGAAAUGAAUAAGGAGAAAAGAGCCGAGUAAUUCGUUGAGCAAAUAAUCCGCUACUCUUUCAACUUGAUUUCGUUCAAAUGAAUUGCGUAAUCUCGCUGCAACGAAGCCAGCAGAGAAGUAAGUCAAGUAUGACGAUUAACUCUUCUCGUUCUUCUGCCAUUUAUCUCCGAGAGAAGCAUAAGCAAGUUAACUCACCGUUCGAUUUGUCUUUACACUGUAAGUGGUCGAUGAAAACAGAGUGCCAGAGAGAGCUUUCGUGUGAUACGCGUCUAAUCGGAACUGGAUUUCGACGCAUUCCAGGCCUGGAACUCAGCCCUUUGCGCCUCAUCAACGCGAAAAGCAAAGGAAAAGAAAAACCUCGCGGAUCUCGUCGCGCGUAUUUUUUUUUUUGCAAGAGACCGUCUCGCGAAUAUUUUGCUUCGAUUUGUACUUUCGGCCACGUUAUAAGAGCUUAAUACGGUCUGUUUUUCGUAAGUGACCACUUCUUCUUGUGACCACCGUCCGGUGAACGUAGUGAGUCAUCGUACACACUUAAUGUUACAUGUAUCCCUCGCAGAUCGUCAGAGAGUAGUCGGUCGAUUACUGGGGACUCGAGAUGUUAAUCUCUCGGAUGAUUAAAUUAAUGUAUUUGUAUGUAAUGUACUCGGUGUGAGUGUGAGUGUGUGUGUGUGUAUGCGCGCCUUCUUUCGAGAAUCGCUUUGCAAUUAUUUAUUUAGCCCAAUACACGAUUCACAAGUGAGUCAUGUAGCUCUCAGUCUUUCCGGUUUCAAGUCGGGACGAUUGAUUGACUGACUGAUUACUUCUGAUCAUCUGCGACAUCUGUGCAUAUACGUAUUGCGCAAUGCAUUCAUCCCACGUCGCUAUUAGAGAUCGGUACCUAUACCUACUGAAAGACAACUUACUGACAAUGAGAGACGAAUCUCGUUCGAAUUGUCCCUCAAAUUUCCAAGAAAAAUAGAGAUUGAAAAACAAACUCGCGCGCGCAAUUCGGGAUGCGCAUUCGCCCGAGGAUGAGCAUUCGAGAAGCUUAAUGAGGGCAUAAUGAGCGACGGAUACCUCCUAUGUACAUAUCCGAUAUCUGUGUGUACGUAAUAGUAUUAAGUAUGUCGUUAUCUGCUAUAUAAACCGAUGUUCGCGCGCGCGUUCGUAUAUAUCGGCGUUUUUCCCUUUUCUCCUCUGCUUCCUCUUCCACAUGUCUCUCUUCUCUCUAUCUCUCUCUUCUUUCCCUUUAUUCGUGCGACAUUUCCGGGACGCACCGGAACAAAGUUGCGACUUUCUUCAAUGUUGUCGAUUUCUACGUUUUUUUUUUUUUUACAUAAUCUCGCGCGCGUUUGUAUAAGGAACCAUCACACAUCGUUGUUACCGCGUGUGUAAUUUAUUACAUACACAUACGUAUAUAUCGUACAAGAGGAAAGCAAUACGCGCGAAUAUUGUUGAGCUACGUUAAGUCCAACACUCGCGAAAGAUUCGGCGUCUCGCGCAUAUAUAUAUAUAUAUAUACUCGCGAAACUUUCCAAUCUAAUCCCCUAGAUUGCUGUUAAAGCAAGACAAUUGUAAUUCGACGGGGGCGACGAGACGAUCGAUCGACUUCAAUGCGUGGUUCAUGUAUUAUGUGAUAUAUCGUAUAACAAAACGUAUAAAAAACCGGAUGGAAAAUAAAUAUGUGAAUACGUAUCAAUUUUUUUGUGAUCUUUCGCAAAAAGCACAUCGCAAACUCAGGAGUUCAACGGCGAAGCGUUAUUCGCUUCAAGGUACGUAAUAAGUGGAUUAGUUCUACUACAUGCACGAUUUGAGAAGAAGAGAAAAAAGAUGAAGCAUCUCUUUCGUUUUAUGUAACGCAUAAUUUUUCCUUUUAAAUAUAAUUAUACAAAAA